AUGGAACCAAGGGAAGAUGAGCCCAUAUCAGUGGCUCAGCUGGCGGCGUCAUUGGUGGAGCUGAAGGCGUCAUUGGUGGAGCUGAAGGCGUCAAUGGAGAAGAAGCAAGAGGAGAUUGUAGAGAAGGUAGAAGGCAUGGAUAGAAGAUUGAAAACUCUUGAGGGGAUGGUACCUCCAUCAGGGCUUAUCUCCGAUACAGCACGGCCAUGCUCACCAGUGCAUUCGUCAGCACCAACACGAUCACCAGUGGACUCGCCAGUACCAACACGAUCACCAGCGCCACCAGCCUCAGAGCACUCUCCACUUGUAACAGAUCCUCCAGCUGUUGCCACCACACCUCUUGCACCAGGUCCCUCCUUAUACGCAGCAGGUCCCUCCUUAUACGCAGCAGGUUCAUCGACAGUGGAAGAAGAGAGAGAGGCAAUGAAAGCCCUAAUAUACGAACUUGGCAAAGGACUAUUUAAGAGGACGAAGAAAGGAUGUAAGAAGAAACCGCAACCAAGCGAGCUCCCACCACGCGAGCUCCCACCACGUCCUAAGAGAACCCAUGCACCAUCGAAACAUGUGUCAUCCCCUUUUACUGAAGAGAGACAUGCUAAGAAGAAAAGUGAGAAGAAGGGUGAAUAA